AUGUUAAAGAAAAACUACACAGCAGUGACUGAGUUUAUUCUCCUGGGACUGACAGAUGGGGCUGAGUUACAGCCCAUCCUUUUUGUGGUCUUCCUACUCAUCUACCUUAUCACAGUAAUCGGCAACGUGAGCAUGAUUUUGUUAAUCAGAAGUGACUCGACACUUCACACUCCAAUGUACUUCUUCCUCAGUCACCUCUCCUUUGUGGAUCUCUGUUAUGCCACCAAUGUCACUCCACAGAUGCUGGUUCAUUUCUUAUCCAAGAGAAAAUCCAUUUCCUUCCUGGGUUGCCUUAUACAAUUCCACUUUUUCAUUGCCCUGGUGAUCACUGAUUAUUAUAUGCUCACAGUGAUGGCCUAUGACCGCUACAUGGCCAUCUGCAAACCCUUGUUGUAUAGCAGCAAGAUGUCCCGAUGUGUCUGCCUCUCUCUCAUUGCCACCCCUUAUAUUUAUGGCUUUGCAAAUGGUCUGGCACAGACCAUCCUGGUGCUUCACCUCUCCUUCUGUGGACCCAAUGAAAUCAACCACUUUUACUGUGCAGACCCACCCCUCAUAGUCCUUGCCUGUUCAGAUACUUAUGUCAAAGAAACUGCCAUGUUCAAAAUGUCUAUCACAAAUGACAGUGCAAUAAGAGAAUUCAUUCUUCUGGGGCUUACAGAUCGUCCCGAGCUCCAACCUCUCCUCUUUGUGCUGUUUCUGUGUGUGUACCUCGCUACCCUCUUGGGCAACCUGGGCAUGAUACUAUUGAUCAGGCUGGACUCUCAUCUUCACACACCCAUGUAUUUCUUCCUCACUAAUUUGGCCUUUGUAGACUUGUGCUAUACCUCAAAUGCCACCCCGCAGAUGUUGACUAAUUUCUUAUCAGAGAAGAAGACCAUCUCCUUUGCUGGCUGCUUUACACAGUGUUACACCUUCAUCGCGCUUCUCCUCACUGAGUUUUACAUGCUGGCAGCAAUGGCCUAUGACCGCUACGUGGCCGUAUGUAACCCUCUGCGCUAUAGUAUGAAAAUGUCCAGGCGUGUCUGCAUUGGCUUAGCCUCAUUUCCUUAUGUCUAUGGCUUCUCGGAUGGGCUUUUGCAGGCCAUCCUGACCUUCCGCUUGAGCUUCUGUAGAUCCAAUGUCAUCAACCACUUCUAUUGUGCUGACCCGCCACUGAUUAAGGUUUCUUGCUCUGAUACUCGUGUCAAAGAGCAUGCCAUGCUCAUAUCAGCUGGCUUCAACCUCUCCAACUCCCUCAGCAUCAUCCUGGUGUCCUAUGGCUUCAUUAUCGCUGCCAUCCUCCGGAUCAAAUCAGCAGAGGGAAGGCACAAGGCAUUCUCCACCUGUGCUUCCCACAUGAUGGCUGUGACCCUAUUUUAUGGGACACUCUUCUGCAUGUAUGUAAGACCACCAACAGAUAAGACUGUUGCUGAAUCCAAAAUCAUAGCUGUCUUCUACACCUUUGUAAGUCCGCUGCUUAAUCCAUUGAUAUACAGUCUGCGGAACAAAGAUGUAAAGCAAGCCUUGAAGAAUGUCCUCAGAAGAAAUAUGGUCACUAAGACGGGACUGCCUCCAGUUUCCAAUAAAUCAUAA